GGGCGGGGCAGCGGCAGCCCGCGAGCCGCAGCCCCAGCGCCCGGAGCCACCGACCGCCGGCAUGGGGCUGGCGCUGCUCCUGGCGCUGCUUCUCUCCCGAGCCGGAGACCUCAUGACUCUGCCCAGCAGUGACUGUGUCAUGGCAGAGCAGCUGUGCCUCUCGGACUCCACCUGCAAUGCUACAUACAGGACUCUGGAAAACUGUGCCCUGGCCAAGACUCGCCUCCUUUCCCUGGAUCAUGACAGCAGGGUCAGAUGUCUGAAGGCAGAGCUUGACCUUGGGAACAGCUCCUUGCUGCACUGCAAGUGUCACCGGCGCAUGAAGAGACAGGAGCACUGCUUACGCAUUUUCUGGACUGUUCACUCCAGCAUGACAGAUGGUUAUUUCAAUUUGGAGACCUCUCCCUAUGAGAAUCCAGCAAAUGAGGAACGCUGGAAGACAGAUUAUAAUAAACUGGCAGCUCUGGUGUCAGGUUCACAGUUAGCAGGAGAUGCAACAAAUCCAUGUCUGAGAGCAACACAUGUCUGUAAUCUGAGCAAGAAGUGUUUUCGACUGCGCACAGACUAUGCCUCCAUCUGCACCAAGGGAGCAGGAAGUGAGGAUGUGUGUGACCGGCGCAAGUGCCACAGAGGGCUAAGGAAUUUCUUUGAGAAAGUUCCUGAGGAUUUCACCAAAAGGAUUCUGUUCUGUCCAUGUCAAGAUGAAUUCUGUGGAGAAAGACGUCGUAAAACUAUUGUUCCUGAUUGUUCCUUCCAGUAUAACACUAAACCAAAUUGCCUCUGGCUUCUGGACUCCUGCUUAGAAGACCAUAUCUGCAAAUCCCGACUAGCUGACUUCCAACAAAAUUGUCAACCUGUAGACGUGUCUCCGGAUGGCUGCUCUGUGCACAACCAUGCUGCAUGCCUGCAGGCUUACAUGGGCAUGAUUGGCACACCCAUGACACCCAACUAUGUCAGUAACUCCAGUGUGGCGGUCUCUUUGUGGUGUACGUGUGAGAACAGCGGCAACCAGAAGGAGAAGUGUGACCAGCUACUCAGCAUGUUUGAGAGCAACAAAUGCCUUGAAAGUACCAUUUGGUCUCAAAUGCACCUGAAGCAGACAGCUCUAGAAAGACAGGAAGACUUACUUUAUUCAUCUUCCCUAAGCUUCCAAGGAGACAGUGCCAGCACAUCUCUCUCUUCAGCAAUGUCCCAGGUGGCUGAAGGGAAGACACAGCAAGACAGCCCCGAACAGGGCAGUAUGCCUAUGGCCUCCUCUGUCUAUUCUGGAACUGCUACUUCCUGGCCUUCUCUGGCUCUGCUCCUGUCCCUGUUGCUGAGCCCACAUUAAUGUGGCAUAAAUGGAAUAUUUUCUUCCAAUAUUAUUAAUAUUAUUCAUAUCCAGGCAUGGCCCAAUACAGAUUUACCUUUGGGAAACAGAAGGCUUUCAGACAAGAAGAAUGGCCUUAACCCAGAAUGGCAGUCACUGGAAACCUGCCACAUAUUUGCACCCUGCUUUCCCCCUGUCAGUUUGCACUGAGCUCUGCAGGUACAGUUCUGCUUCUGCUGUGCGCAUAUUUUGAGUAACAGGCUAAUGUUCCAACUUAAUAGGUUCAAUCAAAGGUCUGAUUUCUUUCAGAUCUUGUGCAGGGUUUGGUUUCUGACUCUAGGGAUGACCUGACAAUGUCUCCAACCACCCCACCAUCUAGAGCUCCUCCUCAGGCAAUCAUUGCAUGGUUUGGGUUUGAAGGGACCUUAGAAAAUCAUUUAGCUCCAACAUCCCAUUGCGUGGGCAGGGACCACCUUCCACUAGACCAGGUUGCUACAAACCCCAUUCAACCUGGCCUUGAACACUUGAAGGCAUGGGGCAAGCACAGCUUCUCUGGACAAUCUAUGCCAGUGCCUCACCACCCUCACAGGGAGUGAUUUUUUCCUAAUAUUCAAUCUAAACAUACUGUCUUUCAGUUUAAAGCCACUGCUCCAUAUCCUGUCCCUAGAGGCCCUGGUAAAAAGUCUCUCUCUCUGUGCUUAUCAUCCCCCCUGAUGUAUUGAAAAGCCACAGCAAAGUCUCCACAGAGCCUUCUCUUCUCCGGGCCAAACUGUAUCAACGGUGUCAGCCUUUCUUCAUAGGAGAGGAGUUGCAGCCCUCUCCUAAUUUUCAUGGCCUCAUCUGAACCUGCUUGAACAGGUCCAUGUCUCUCAUGUGCUGGGCACCCCAGAGUUGAGUGCUGACCUCUGGGUGCGGAGGUGGGGUGGGGUAGAGGGGAAGAAUCUCCUCUCAGCCUGCUGGCCAUGCUGCUUCUUUUUAUGUAGCCCAGACUGCAGGAUGGCUUUCUGGGCUGCAAGUGUGUUUUACUGUCUCAUGUCUAGUUUUCCAUCUAUAUCUUCCAUGUAUCCAAGUCCUUUCCCGCAGGCCUGCUCUCAAUCCAUUCAGUCCCCCACUCUGUACUGAUACUGGGAGUUGUCCCAGACCAGGUGUGGCACCUUGCACUUGGACUUGCUGCAUUUAAUGAGUUUUGUUGGUGUCCACUUCUCAAGCCUAUGAAGGCAUAGAGUAGACCAUAUCAUCCUAAAGACCAGAAGCCUGUGCUUCAGGGUGGGUUGCAAAUAAUGCUCAGUAAACAUACAUGUGAAGUCCCUGAGAAACACCAUCUCUGAAUUACUUUCAGCUCCCUUUUCAAAUCCCUUCUUUUAAGUAUUUGAAAAAUACCUGUCCAGAUCAAGAACACUACACUAGAGUUUAUGCUCUGUUCUGUUUUGUCCCUUCAACAUAUACAUAAUUCAUUAUAGCAGCUAGCAACACACUUGGGCUUUGUUGUCCAAGAUGAAUGGUGCUCAGCUUCAGUAGAUGUAGGCUUAUCUAGCAAAAGAUGAUCUUGCUGGCUUCAGGACAAACGUUCUCUGUAGAGAGUGCAUUUGGCUCAUUGAAGGUGCAUUGACCACAAAACCCUGGGACAUUCAGUUGCAACAAUCUCCUUCUACCUGUCCACAUAUUCAAGUUACCACUGUCCCCUCCCAGCCACCUGCCCUGUCUUCCUCCUCUGCCAAGCACUAUUUCAUGACCUGUUUAUUCUGAAUGUAAAUGUGUGCGCUGUGUAAUUGCUGUUAGUUUGUACUGCAUUUGUCUGGUAAAACGUAGUGUUAAGUGAAUAUUGAUUCCUGAGCAUAGGUUAACAGUCUGAAAUCAAUUGUGUACAAGAGUUGCCUCAUCAGCCAGCCUGCAUUUUCAUAUAGUCAGAAACUGAGCUCAAAACAGCUCCUCCACGCACACAUGUAGUGCCCAUUGCUCAUCCUGAGAGGCAACAGAUCUGAACAAUACUAUACACAUCCAAACAAGAUUACAAGCCUGAACAGAGGCAGAAUAGCCAAGUAUUUAUUUUUAUCCUGUGUUUUAUCUACUGCCUGGGAAACACUGGCUAGGUAGUAUGCUGUGGUUCCCAGUCACUGUCAGACACCUUAUUACAGACAUCAUAGUGUGUAUCAAAGUAAUUAUCCUCUGCAGUGGUAAUAUUUACAUUUCCAAUUCCAGACCUCUGUUUAUUUCCUAUGCAGGUAGAGCAAAGAAAUCAUGCAUGCAGCAGCAUCAUCUCCUUGUCACACAGAGAAGCAAUGUAUUAUUUACAUGCAGUAGGAAUGAAUAUGUCUUAAUAACCAGGACUACCAGUACUGGUAUUUCUUAUUACCAACGGAAAUAUGACUAUUUGGAGCAAGAGACAGCACUGUUUCCACACGUUUGCUACCAUUAGUUAAUAAAAACAGAGCCCAUGUAACCCUAAUAUAGUGUCUACAUUAGGCUAUCCUCCUCCAUAUGAUGGGGUUUAGAAAUGUGUCAAAAACCUUGACUGUAAUGUAAUAUCAUCUCUGGAAGUUAAUGGAGAGUGGUAGGGAAGAAGAAAGUGUUCUUCUUUCCACUAUUUCACACGACAGAGGGAAUAUUUGUGAGAAUAAUGGAGUAGAUUUCUGAGUGAUCUGUACCACGCACACUGGUACGCAAUGUACUGCAUUGAUCUUCCGCUCAUCUGCAUUGUGAUCUUUCCUCUUUCCCAAAUUCCGCGGUGUAAGACAGAUUGAUCUACAAAAAGGGAUUAACAUUUUCUUGUUCAUGUUUAGGGCACUAACUCCCUACUAAGAAGGUUAUGGAUUGCAAUUGCAGUCUUCUGUCAUACCCCAAAUUGUUCAGGAAAAUUUUUGCCACUUGGACAAAUUGUGGUCUAGAUUGAAAUUGAAGCAAAACAUGUCAGUUUGUUUGGUCUUUUCCAAGUGCUCUGUGUCUCUUUUUCAUGCACCUUUAUAUACACAGCUGCCUCUCAGCUUGUUCAUCAAUACCUGCAAGCAAAAUUCACUUCUAACUACACCUUUAUUCACAGGUACUCACACUGUUGUAUGUACAAACCCAUUUUCCCUUAGACUUUUCUAACACCUGAUCUCCAAAUAUCAUGGUUUUUCAACUACACAGCAUAUAUGCAUGCACAACUUAACGGCUACUGGAAAUGUCGUGCCAGUGUCACUAUCAAUUCAGUUCUGUUAGCACCACCAAUGUUCCAAGACUGGCACAUUUCCUAAACCCAUUCAGAACAGCUUACUAACCAUAUGACAGGGCAAUUAACAAGCCCCCCUCAGCUUAUUUUCCUGGAAAGUGGAAAACAACAUCCUGUGAGCACCUGUGGUCUCACAAAAGAUAAUCCACAUAACACAAAAAAUUAUCCAAUAAAAAUUCUCGUCCAGACAGUCUUAACAAUGAGCAUUCAGCAAGCAUAUACAAGGAGGGAACCUUCUAAUUAUUGUAAUGUAGAUUAUUUUUUAAAGAGUAAAACAAUGUGAGGUCUGACUAAUAAAAUUCAUCUUGCAACUCUA